AUGUCGAAGUUCUUUGAGGGAUUAGACGACGCUCCGCAGAAGAAAGUUCGCUCUGCGAUUUCUGCCGAGAUGGAAGACGAUGAGUGCGGGGAGGAAAAGCCCAGCCUGUCGAACAAGGAAAAAAAAGACGAAGAAGUUGCGCAGAUGUGCAGGGAUGCCUCGUUUAAGAAGCCAAAAGACGUUGAGCAGUUUUUCAAAAAGCUCACGAAGUACUCGGCGCACUUCAGCCGGCAGGGAGUUCCCUCGGCCCUCCUGGAGUUUCUCGCGGAGACGGAGGGGAAGAAGGAAACGCCCUCUAUAUUCAAGCAGAAGAAGAUAAAGUUCCUGGAGAAGUACCAGGAGGCGGAAGUUGUUCUGGAGCUUGUCGAGGAGAAGAAGAAAAAGAAGAGCUACAUGGAGGAAAUAUCAAAGACGUACCUCAUAGAGAGCCUGGAGAAGAGGAAGGCAGCGCUUCUCGAGAUAGAGGGCGUGGGUGAUCUGUCCAGCAGCGAAAGGCACCGAAUAAACCUGUACAUGACCAGCUGCCUCAUUGAGGAGAGCAUGCAGGAGCACUACGCCGAGAUUGUGCGGAGGAUGAAGAAAGAGGCUGAGUUCGUGGAUGCGAAGGAGGAGGCAGACCUGCUGCGCACGCGAGUUGGGAAGUACGUUAAGAAAUUGAUCAAAAACAUCCAGAUACAAGAUCGAAACGGCGAGUCCUGGGAGAGCCAGUACAAAGACCUGCAGGAAAUUGCUCUCGCCCUGAAGAAGGCCACGUCCGUGCCGGAGGAGGGCCUUUUGGAGGUGGACUAUUUCCUGCGGAGGGAAAAGCCUGCCCCGUGCCCGCACCUUUCCAACGAGUUUAUCCAGAAAGAGGUUUCCAGCCACGGAUACCCGCAGUUUGAGAUGGUCGAUAAAAUCAGGUCUCUGCCCCUGGAGGAGGCGCUGGCUCUGCACAGAGAGCACGCUUCCUCCACCCUCAGCGCAGAGGGAGAGUCUGCAGAGCACUCAGUCACCAUAUGCUUCUACAAAAUGGCGGAGGAGCUGGGAAUGCGGGCAUUUGCGGAGAGGGACUUUGCAAGCGCAAUGGACCUCCUGGAGACCGUGUACUACAAUAAAACCAUCUGGAGCAGCCCGCAGACAGAGCAGAUUCUGGAGGUGCUUUGCCUGUGCUUUGAGAAGAAGAUGAAGGAAAAGAAGUUUUUCGACGUCUUCAAGAAGAGCCUUCUGCAGAUAGGAGAUAACCUGCUGCUUCUCAGGUCGCAGAAUCCGAAGAUGGAAAUUGCAAGGGCAUUCACCUUCUUGCGCCUGGGGGACUACAUGGGCGCACACGCUAUUGUCGCAUCUCUGCUGCCAAAUUUCAACUGCGAAAACCUCCUGCGGGCAAGGGCGAUGGAGAUACUUUUGACCCCUUCAGAGUGA